AUGGAGAUCAGUGGACUCCCACUAGAACUGUGGCGCUUAAUAUUGUCCUACUUGCGUCUUCCUGACCUUGGCCGCUGCAGUUUGGUGUGCAGAGCAUGGUACGAACUCAUCCUCAGCCUGGACAACACACGUUGGAGACAGCUGUGCCUUGGUUGCAUUGAAUGCCGGCAUCCAAACUGGCCUAACCAGCCUGGCGUGGAGCCUUGGUCAUGGAGAGAAGCUUUGAAGCAGCAUUAUCUCUCUUCUAAAACCUGGACCAAAAACAGCCACGAUCUGGAUUCCUCCAACUGCUUCUACUUAUUCAGGAGGAAGAAGGACAGGCGGGUUCUUUGUGUUGGGCCUGGCUGUGAGUUUGACAACCUAAGGAGUGCCUUGCUCUCAGCCAGCAUGUAUGACCGGAUUGUCCUGCUUCCAGGAAUGUAUGAGGAACAGAGUGAAAUCUUUCUCAAGGCUCCUGUGGAAAUCAUGGGAAAGGGCAAGCUCGGGGAUGUGGCUCUUCUAGUGAGCUUUGACCAGCACUGUCCAACAAUGAGGUUAUGCAAUUUGGUCUUUAUGCCAGCCUGGUUCACACCAGUAAUAUAUAAGACAACCUCAGGCCACGUCCAGUUUGACAACUGCAAUUUUGAAAACAGUCAGCUGCAGAUUCAUGCUCCUGGGACCUGCCAGGUUAAAUUCUGCACUUUCAAUCAGUCCAGCAUUCAUUUCCAUAGCGUGGCUAUCUGUCUCCUGGAAAACUGCGAAUUUGUUGGCAGUGAAAAUACUUCGGUGACAGUGGAAGGAAGUCCAUCUUUGGAUAGGAACUGGGCCUGCAAGCACUUGACCAUGUUGGCGAAAUCUCGCUCUGUCUUGCUGCAGUCAUCUGAGCCCUCCCGUUGCAAUAUAUCAAAAUUUGAGAGCCAGGGAACUCAUCCACUGUCAGACAUGAGGACCUGCGACAUUGUGGUAGCCGAAAACCCAAGUCAUAUAUUUCCUGUUUCACAGACUCAAGUGGUGCCGAGGAGAGGCCUCGAGAAGGAAAGGGAGCUAUCUGGGAACCUUAACCCAGCACAUAAAGAAGAGGCCAUGACUAUAGACACGGAUUCCAGUGACAGUGAACUGAGCCUGAGCAGUGAGAAUGAGGAUGAGGACGAGUCGCUGUACAAACUGCCUUACCAGGCGCAUAGCUUGAGCCACAUGCUGGCCAAGGUUGUCCAUGGUAGGCCGUCAACUGAUGGAUUACCAGCCCUUCAGAGUGACUAUGAGCUAAAACCUUUGGCCCAGGAGCUGCAGCAAGAUAAGGAGGCUCAGUGUCUCGCCAAUGCCAUGCAAGGGUGCCUUGUGAGGAAAUGUCUUUUCAGGGACGGAAAAGGUGGCAUCUUUUUGUGUUCCCAGGGACAAGCCAGAGUGGAAGGGAGCAUCUUCAGGGACUUGACCUAUGCUGUGCGAUGCAUACAAAACAGUAAGAUCAUCAUGCUCAAGAAUGACAUUCACCACUGCAAGACCUCAGGGAUAUUUCUGCGUCUUGGUGCAGGUGGCUUGAUUGCAGACAAUAAUAUCCAUUCCAAUUGUGAAGCAGGAGUGGACAUUCGGAAGGGAGCUAACCCUUUAAUCCUGUGUAAUAGAAUCCACAGUGGCCUUCGCUCCGGUAUUGUUGCCCUUGGCAACGGAAAAGGCAUCAUCCGUAGCAAUCAAAUCUAUGGAAAUAAGGAGGCUGGCAUUUACAUUCUGUAUAAUGGCAAUCCUCUGGUAAGUGGGAACCAUAUAUUCCAGGGUCUCGCUGCUGGUAUAGCUGUGAAUGAGAAUGGAAGAGGCCAAAUCACAGAAAAUGUCAUCCGGGAGAACCAGUGGGGAGGUGCAGACAUCCGGCGUGGGGGAGAUCCCGUCCUCAGGAGUAACCUGAUCUGCUGUGGCUAUUCAGACGGAGUGGUUAUUGGAGAACGAGGAAAAGGACUUGUAGAAGGAAACACCAUUUAUGGCAAUAAGGGCUGUGGUGUCUGGAUAAUGUCAUCCAGCCUUCCCCAUGUUACCAACAACCAAAUAGGGCACAACAGCAUCUAUGGCAUCGCAGUCUUUUGCCGCAAGGACGAUGCUAACGAUUAUCUUGUCAACCAAGGAGGCAAUGAGAACUUCAAUGAGGAAGGUGAAGCAGCCAACUGGGAGAAUGAUCUGGAAAGUGAAGAUGAACGCUUGACUUCCCGGCGGCCCAUCAACAUGGCCCUUGUGGAGUCAAACAACAUCAACCAUAAUGGAGCCGCUGGCUUGUAUGUCAAAAGCAGCGAAGCUCUGAAUAUCAUUGGAAAUGCCAUCCACGCCAACCAUGACUACGGGGUUGCCGUGUUUCAAAGCUCGCAACUCACCCGAAUUGCAAAUAACAGCAUUUCUUGCAAUAGCCUCGGGGGAGUCCUGGUGGAAGCCGAGUGCCGGGUGGAACUCCGUGGCAAUGGGAUCUAUGACAACAGCAGCCAUGGCAUUAGCUGCAAGGGUGAUGGGGUCAUCACGGAGAAUGACGUCCUAGGGAACCAGGGAUGUGGCCUCCGACUCUUGCAGGCAGCCAACAUGAAGGUAACCAAGAACAGAAUCCACUCCUUCCGAGGUUACGGGAUUGAGAUGCUUGAUCAAACCAAGGCUUUAGUACAAGAUAAUUUGAUUUUUCAAGGGAAGAGCAAAAAGACUAUUUUACAGCAAGUGUCCAGUAUGGAAGAUUGUGUCGUUCAGAAUAAUAAGAUCCUUGCUUUCAGAAAAAAGUCUGAUGUUGCCUGGACCUUAGAGAACCCUCCAGCCAGGCCUCACGUAGAAGAAGCGUCUCGAGGGGUGUCAACAGCUGGAAGCAGCCAGAAAGGAUCAAACGUGACAGCCAGGAUAGCUGCUAGAGUAGAUGGGGGUUGUCACAACAAUGGUAGUAUCUUUUGCACUAUUCUGUGAUGGUUUGGAGAUUUGCCUCCAAUUUUCCUGAUUAUGUUCACUGCAACAUUGAACAAUCCACUUCUUUUUUUAGCUGACUGGCUAGCAUUGUGAGCACAUAAGAAUUAAUGGGAAUGUGACUGAACAAGGAACUGUAGCCAGCUACAAUCUUGUCCAGCUGACUAGGCCCUAUUGAGUGUUUUGAGAACUUACCUCAGCUUUCACAUCUGCAUCCUUGCACCAGGCCCAAGUUCAUUCCUUAGAAGGUGGUAUUUUUGCAGCAUCAAAAGAUAUGCUCGCUUCUUAUACCCGCUUAUCCCUUUCCUUUGUUGACCUGAGUAUUCAGAAUUACGUCUAAGGGAGAGGAUUGGUCUAAUAACUGUGGCAUUUACCCACAUGCCUAAUAACAAAGGCAUUAACUUUGCAUUUUCGCCUCAUACGGAUUUUCAAAAGGAGUAGUUGCAAAGGAAGGGGAGAGCGAGUCUGUUUUCUGUGUGAGUUAUUAAAUUCCCAGAUAUUUUUUUUACCUUCCUUUCUUCUGUUUCAGUUAGUGCAAUUCAAUGUGGCUCAAAGUAGGAGUGAUGUGCAAGCAAUAUUAUCAGAAGGAAUUGUAUCCAUUCUUAACAAAUACACCACUUUUGUCAACAAAAAAAGAUACCCCCGACACAC